AAUCUUCUUUUUUGGUACUGGUACUGGUUUUAUUUUGUUGUAUUUAUCUGUGACACCUUGAAGGCCAGUCCAUGAAAAUAUUGUCAGACAUAAACCGGUCCGUGCCGCAAAAAAGGGGACCGCUGGUGUACAACAACUGUUUACUUCUUCAUUAGUACCAAAUGGCAGACUGCCAUCUAUUACAGAAAAUUUUUUAGUGCCAGUCAUUUUCACUGAAAAUAUAUGGAAUCAGAAUUAGAUUGGCAUUGCCCUCAGUAUUAUGUUUGCUAGAAAGCUGUCCAGGCAAGCUGAGCCAUUUUCACUCUAACAGAACUCUGCUGGUCUUGUGCUGGCAUUCAAAAAAGUAACCAUCUCAGCAGCACUGUACAUCUUUCUAGUGUAUUAACAUAUAAACAUUUAUCUUAUACAUUUAAUCAUUAGUUAUUAUUAUCUCUGACUAUCUUCUACAGUGUGUCUUUUGUUCUGUGUUCUUCUCUUCACCCACAAGAAGUUGCAAGGAGGUUUCUUACUGUUAAAAGGAAGUUUUUCCUCCCCACAGUUGCCAAAAUGCUUCCUCAUGAAGGGUCAUCUUAUUGAUGGGUUUUUCUUUGUAUUAUUGUAGGGUCAUUACCUUACAAUAUAAAGCACGUUGAGGCAAUUCUUGUAGUGAUUUGAUGCUAUAUAAAUAAAACUGAAUUGAAUUGAACUGAACUGAAUUGAAAGAGUCUUGUUCACCUCACUGGUGAACAAGACUCUGAGACACUUAAACUUCUCCAUAUGGGGUUACUUUUCCCUCACUUUAAGUUCAUUAAAUCCUUUUUACAUUUUCAGACUUGGAGGAGAAAAUUUUCGUUUUCGUUUUACACUAUGCAAAUUUCCCAAGUGUAAACUUGAGGUCAACAAAAGGCAACGCGAUUUGCAAAUAGUGUAGGAGUAAACCCCAGACCACCAAAUCACCACUGGGCUGUGCCUAGAAAUUCUUCUCCAUAUAAGUUAUGAACAACACCAGGAAGGGAUGACUGCUUUCAAAAACAAAGAGGUAAAAUCUUUACUAGAGUACCUGCAACUGCAGACUUGCAAAUUGGCUCAAAUUUCAGUUCAGCAGUGACUCAAAGCAGUCAGACGAGAUAGCGCAUAAUUUUUCUGUAUGUUAUGUCUUCUCUUUUCUGUGGCUGGCUCACAGCCCAACACUAGUACAAGGAAGUACACUACCUAAGCUUAAGCAUAAAAGACCAUGGGGUGAGCUGGAUUUGAAGAUGGUAAUUUAGAAACACCUCCCAUUCACUCCAAAGCAUUUUGAAAUGAUCUGCCAAAAAGUGUUCAGACUAACUCUUUCUAACUCACUAAGAGUAAUUCAGACUAAUCCUGUUUGCCCCUGCCUCCACUUUUUAUGCCUUUGCAUUGAGCACACAGAAAUGAAUUCAGUAAACACUGUUUUUGCUUUUUAACACAGUAAGAAAGGGAGAAUAUGGCAUUUUCUUGUCAUUUUGUUAAAGUUUUCUGCAUGACUAAGACUGCCAUUUCUCCUUCCACUCCCUUUUUCGACUUAUAUAGUCAGGUUGGUCAGAACGUGACUUUCAUGUUUUUCUUCUUUUGUUUUGUUUUUCUUGGCCUCUUUAGGUUCUCCCACUGACUUAGAACAGGAAGCUAAAAUUUGUCAUGAAUUCAUUGCUGGUCAUAGCGCUGCUGCCUUUGGCUCUUUUAAAGCCAGGUAUGGCCUUUGUCUCUAUUGGGGGUGGAGCAUCCACUCAUGUCAGCAUUACAGGAACGGCUAUAUUGCAGAAAGUGCGAGAGACGUGUCAGGCGGUGGCUGAGAAAAAUGGUUAUGAGUUCAACCCCACGGGUUCCUCUCCUGAAGAGCUGGUGCAAGCCUGUCUAGGUCCCACAGCAACAGGAGAGGUGUCUGGUGCCAAAUUUCAUUCUGCUCUUCAAGAGAUCUACGCCCAGAAUGGGUUGGUAGAUCGCGACUUUGUCAACAGUGCUCCACAUCACUUCAACUCUGAGGCUUUCUUGGAGGGGCGGAGCCUAAUCACACAGGGCAUGGUGGCCAUUAAAGCUAACGUUCACAAUGAGAAUUUUCAGGCUGCAAGGACAACACUGGGUAGAGUCCUUCACACACUACAGGACUUUUACAGUCACAGUAACUGGGUUGAGCUGGGGUACACAAAGCCAUACAGCAACCUCAUAAACCCAGGCCUCCCUCUGGAUAACCUGGCAGAUGUGAACACCCCCACCUGCAGUAACUGUGACAGUGCCAGUGGAACAUGCCCCAAUCAGCUGCUCCCCAACAUCCUAAAAGACAAGAAACUCACAUCUGGCUAUAUGGGAGUCUUUUCUUCUGUCAAGCCUAAAGGUAAAUGCAGCCAUGGAGGUGCAGCUGAUCAUACUAGCAAAAUCAAUCCUCGAGGAGGCAUCAGCAAAGAUGAGCGUCAUCAAGACAACUUGGCUUUUCACAACGCUGCUGUGCAAGCAGCAACAGACGCCAGUCUCGAGUUAUUGCAGGAUCUUCGCUUAGCUGUAGGAGACAGUAACUUUUUGAGAAUGAUGGGGAUUGCUCGCUCAUCUGUCUUGUGCUUCGUAAUUGACACAACUGGGAGUAUGUCAGAUGACAUUGAAGAAGCAAGAUCAGUUGUUUAUCAAAUCAUUGACGCAUACAAAGGAACACAAGACGAGCCCUCCGAGUACAUCCUGGUGCCUUUCAAUGACCCUGAGUUUGGACCUAUGAUCAGGACAACAGACGUGGAUAAGAUGAAAGAAGAAAUCUCGAAGCUUACAGCAAGUGGUGGAGGUGAUGAACCUGAGAUGUGCCUGUCAGGGCUUCAGCUUGCUCUGACAGGUGCUCCUUCCUCUUCUGACAUCUAUGUUUUCACUGAUGCUUUAGCAAAAGACAUUGAGCUCAAAGACACUAUCAAUGCUCUCAUUAGUAGCACUAAGUCAAAGGUGUCGUUCUUCAUUACUACACCAUUUAGCAGACGCCGUCGUUCCCUCAGAGCUGCUUCCUUUGACGACUACAAAGACAUAGCUCUGACCUCUGGAGGCCAGGCCAUUCAUGUUUCCAAAUCAGAGCUUUCUCAAGCCACAGAUAUUAUCCUUGACACCUCAACUUCAGCUCUGGUGACAGUUCUUCAGCGAGCAAGAAAUCCUGGAACGCAAGAGACCUUCCCCUUCACACUGGAUGAGUCAUUGAAAAACAUCACUAUCUGCAUCACAGGAAGAUCCAUUACUUUCACGCUGACAAACCCUGCUGGUGUAACCCAGAGUCAAAGUGAGGCCAGUGGUAAACUGGGCACCAUUCAGACUGUGGGCAACUUGCACAGGAUUCGCUUCAACUCUGAGAAGCAGGCAGGAAACUGGCAGAUCCACAUCAACUCCAACCAACCCUACACACUCAAAAUCACAGGCCAGAGUACAAUUACCUUUAUCUAUGACUUUGUGGAAAGCUUUGCUGGACCUCACCCAGGUUACGCAGUGCUCAGUGGGCGUCCACAAGAAGGCCAGUCAGCCACACUAAUACUGUCAGUUAUGGGUAGAAGAGGUCCGUCUUCGAUGACUGCUGAACAAGUUAGCCUGGCAAAAGUCUCAGGUCCUGAGAGUUUUAGCAAUGGUGUACUAACUCAGAUGGACAAUGGAGAAAUUCUGGUGACUGUUGAGGCUGUCCCUAAAGGCGAGUUUGUGGUCGUUGUAAAAGGAACUGACAAAGUGUCCAACAGUCAAUUUCAGAGGCAGUCAAACACCCAAAUGUCUCUCUCCAAAGUGAAGAUCCAGGCUGUGGUGGACAGCAGUGUGGAGCCAGGACAGACCUUUAAGCUUCCAUUCAGUGUGAUGACUCAGAGCUCUGGUGGAAAGUAUUCCAUCAGUGCCAGAAAUGACAGAAAUUUCCCCAUGAUUUUCCCAAAUGAACUCACCCUGGUAACUGGGCAAUAUGCCAAUGCUACAUUGACCAUAACACCACCUGCCAGCACGCAGUCAGGCACUGAUGUCACACUGACUAUUGACGCACAGUCAUCCAAUGGCGUUGACUCAAAUUAUGCUGUUUUGAGAUUGUCUGUUGUUACCAAGAUUACAGAUUUUAUUCAGCCAUUAUGUAAAGUGGUUAGCGUGCAGGAUAACAAAUGCCCUCGUGAUCUGUCCCAGUGUGAACAUUUCCAGUGGGGGCUCUCAGCUAACAUUACAGAUGGAAACGGAACUGGGAUAGAGAGCAUUUCCCUCCAUCAGGGUAAUGGAACCCUCACAUACACCUCACUGAGCGCUCCUAUCAUCGUGGCAAACUACAAUGCCUCUUGCUGCUCACAGACUGUUGAAAUAAUAGCUGUAGAUAAAGUUGGCAAUGUGGGAAAAUGCUACCAAUCAAUUGCUAGGUCAGGUGUCCCUCCUGCUCUUACUCUGUCGCUGCCACUGUGGAUAUGCCUGUUGGUAUCUGCCUUCUUAGUAAGGCCUUGAAAGACUCAGGUUACAUUAUGCUAAUCUUGUGUCUUUAAUCUGCGCCAAAUUUAAAUCAUUUAAAAUAAUGCACUUCUGCUAUAAUGUCUAUUUUGCUUACUGGUGUUCAGCUUAAAUAAAGCUUCUCUCAGCUUUUCCCUUAUUUAAAAGGGGCCACCAUAAGAGAUAGCCACUUGGUGGAUUUAGCACAGUUUUAUGUCAGAUAACCUCCUUGAAACAACAUUUCCAGGUAUUUGUGUCUCCUUCCAGUAUGAAAUGUUAACCACUAAACUUUGGAGACUACGGAAACUCAGUUUAAAUAAAACACUGAAAUAAAAUUAUGAAUCUAUACUUGUGUGAAAAUAAAAAGUCAGUUGUUUCUGAGUGUUUUAAGUAAUAUUGAUUACUUUGAAAUCUGUUGGUGAGACUGUUCUUUUUUUUAUUAUUGCUUUUGAAAUGCAGCAUUAAAAUAUUCACAGAUUUUUGUGUCCCAAUGCUUUUAGCAUAAGUAGGCAUAAUAUUGGUUAAACAAUGGGUAUUAUCCAUCCAUCCAUUCACUUCCGCUUAUCCUUUUCAGGGUCGUGGGGGGGUGCUGGAGCCUAUCCCAGCUAUCAUAGGGCGAGAGGCGGGGUACACCCUGGACAGGUCGCCAGUCUGUCGCGGGGGGAUAGGUGGGGAUAGGUUAAUUAUAGGUAUAGUUUUUAGUCAGAUUUAAAAACAUCAGUGAAAUAUGCUUCAUAAUGCCUUACAGAAGUCAUGUAUCGGGUUAUAAUUCCUUGGGCUAAAAGCUGAAGACUGUACAUUGUCCAAAUAAAUACAAUAAACAUGUGCUUCCAAAAUUUA